UCAACUUUACACACUGUUCCCACAACAUUCGAUAUAAUCGUUUUUCCCCUAAAUUUACUGCGCAAAUCCCUUCAUCACACCAAAAAUUAAACUACCAAAUUAGAGCCCUGAUUGCUUUUUACACUGUUAAUACUUCCCAAACACAUAAAAUAACUCACUCCCAACGACACCCAAAUUAUCCCUUUCUCUUUCUAUAUAAUCUUGCAUCAAAGGUGGUCCUUUUUCGCUCACCAUUUAUACCCCACUGGCCACUAGACUAGAUGUACUACGGAAGGCCUCACUUCCCCUUCUGAAUCUGUGAGUAAAAGCUUUGAGCUUUCACUUCAGAUCAGCUCUUCUCAGCUGCCUACACUGUUGGGGUUUCUUGGAAAGCUCUGUCUUUUACUGGAAAUCUCUUGCUAAUAUCCAAGAGUCCAAGACGUAUUAUGGCCUCAAAGCAUGCCCCUCCAAGUAAUAAAGGGCGGCGACCCUUCUCGAUAUUCAUCGUACUUUGUCUUUGUUGUUUCUUUUACCUGCUAGGAGUAUGGCAGAAGAGUGGAUCUGGGAAGGGAGAUAGGUUAGCGCUAGCAGUGACUGAGAAAACGGCAGACUGCAAUAUAUUCCCCGCAGCCACUCUGGAUUUUGAACCACAUCAUACUUUUGUUUCGAGUAUUGGCUCUUCUGAACCGAAGACCAAACAAUACAAGUUUUGUGAUGCUAAAUAUAAAGACUAUACUCCUUGCCAAGAACAAGACCGAGCUAUGACUUUCCCUCGGGAAAAUAUGGUAUAUAGAGAAAGGCAUUGCCCGCCCGAUAAUGAAAAGCUUCGUUGUCUUAUUCCAGCGCCUAAUGGAUAUACGACUCCGUUCCCUUGGCCUAAAAGCCGUGAUUAUGUAUAUUAUGCUAAUGUUCCUUACAAACACUUGACGGUUGAGAAGGCGGUCCAAAACUGGGUACAGUACCAAGGUAACGUGUUCAAAUUUCCGGGAGGAGGAACUAUGUUUCCUAAAGGAGCAGAUGCAUAUAUCAAUGAACUUGCAUCUGUAAUCCCGAUGGGAAAUGGGUCCAUAAGAACAGCACUUGACACUGGUUGCGGGGUAGCGAGCUGGGGAGCUUAUUUGAUGAAACGGAAUAUCUUAGCGAUGUCAUUUGCACCAAAAGACAAUCAUGAAGCGCAAGUUCAAUUUGCAUUGGAGCGAGGUGUGCCUGCUAUCGUUGGUGUUCUUGGUUCGAUACGCCUUCCCUACCCGUCAAAUGCAUUUGAUAUGGCACAUUGCUCCCGGUGCCUGAUUCCCUGGGCAGAAAAUGAUGGUAUCUAUCUGAAGGAAGUUGAUCGAGUUCUAAGACCCGGUGGGUACUGGGUUCUAUCUGGUCCUCCAAUUAACUGGAAGACCUACUACCAAGUCUGGAAAAGGACCAAGGAGGAUGUAAAAGCUGAGCAAACGAGGAUUGAAGAGCUCGCCAAGAAUCUUUGCUGGGAGAAGAAGUAUGAAAAAGGUGAUAUUGCGAUUUGGAGGAAGAGAAUCAAUCCAAACGCAUGCAAGAGUAGGUCUACCAAUAUCUGCAAAUCCAAAGACGCUGAUGAUGUUUGGUAUAAGAAAUUGGAGGCAUGCGUAACUCCCCUCCCCGAGGGCCAGAGUUCAGGUGGAUGGGAGCUGAAGAAGUUUCCAACUAGGCUUUUCGCUGUUCCGCCUAGAAUAACCAAUGGAUUGGUGCCGGGGGUCACAGCCGAGUCAUAUCAAGAGGACAAUAAACUUUGGAAGAAACACGUAAAUGGCUACAAAAGGAGCGUUAGUCUGCUCGGCAGCACAAGAUAUCAUAACAUAAUGGAUAUGAAUGCAGGCCUCGGAGGCUUCGCUGCGGCAUUGGACUCACCGAAACUGUGGGUGAUGAAUGUUGUGCCAAAUAUUGCGGAAAAUACUUUAGGUGUCAUCUACGAAAGAGGGUUGAUUGGCAUAUAUCACGAUUGGUGUGAAGGCUUCUCGACUUACCCAAGGACAUAUGACCUCAUUCAUGCCAAUGGCGUUUUCACCUUGUACCAGGACAAGUGUGAAUUCGAAGACAUUCUUCUGGAAAUGGACCGCAUUUUGCGGCCAGAAGGAUCGGUGAUCUUCAGAGAUGGAGUUGAAGUAUUGAACAAGGUUAGGAAGAUUGCUCAAGGCAUGAAAUGGGAUCUGAAGUUGACGGAUCACGAAGACGGGCCGUUAGUGCCCGAGAAGAUUCUGGUCGCCGUCAAACAGUACCAUUCAGCAGACGAGAGCAGCAAAUCCGACGACGAGUGAAAACAACCACCACCACGCUGGAUAGAUGAAGAAGGUAAGCACGCAAGAACUUUGCCCCGCAAAAACUUUAGCUCGCGGGAUCAAAUUUACAGGAAUGUUGUGCAACUUUUUAUGUAGAACAAGUUUAGUCUCAUUCUAUAAUUUUUUUUUUCCAAGUUUUUGUUUAAGGAACACGAAAAUUUCAUAUGUAGCUUCUCCAAAUAAUGGACUGUAAGAUUAUGAUAUGUGUAGUGUUAAGGUAGUUAAAAAAGUCUGAUAUUUAUUGUUUUGCUGCCACAA